AUGUCUACCAAAUCCAAAUCUGCUUUAUCUGAAACUCCCAACCAAAAAGAAUCACCAGCUACUCCUCGGGUGAGCAAGCCCAGUAGGGGAUUUGCUAAAUCUGAAGUUGAUUCACCCUCUCUACUACAGCAAAGUUCUCGCUUUUCAGUUGAUCGGUCUCCUAGAUCUGUUCCUUCGAAGCCUACACUGGACCGACGGUCUCCCAAGUUCACUACACCACCUGAUAAAAAAACAACUCGGAUAUUGAAGCCGUCAGAACUUCAGGCAGAAUUAAAUCUUGCUCUGGAAGAUCUUAGGAAGGCCAAGGAGAAGUUGGUUUUGGUUGAGAGAGAAAAAGCACAAGCACUUGACGAGCUUAAGGAAGCCCAAAGAUGGACUGAGGAAGCAAAUGAAAAGCUCAGGGAGGCUUUGGUCGCUCAAAAGCGGGCUGAAGAGGAUUCCGAGAUUGAAAAGUUCCGAACCGUUGAGAUGGAACAGUCAGGCAUUGAAGCGGCUAAGAAGAAGGAAAAUGAAUGGCAGGAAGAGCUUAUAGCAGUGCGAAACCAGCAUGCUUUGGAUGUGGCUGCUCUUCUCUCUGCCACUCAGGAGCUGAAAAAGGUGAAGCAAGAACUGGCCAUGACAUCUGAUGCCAAAAAUCAGGCUCUUAGUCAUGCUGAUGAUGCAACUAAGAUUGCAGAGAUUCAUGCAAAAAAAGUGGAAAUUCUUUCUGCAGAGUUAGUCCGCUUGGAAUCCAUGCUUGAUUCAAGGCUUGAAAUGGAAGCUAAUGAAAAUAAUAAAAUAGUGGAGGAAUUGAAAUUGGAGAUAGAAUUUCUGAGACUAGAACUCGAAAAGACCAGGGGCUACGAAGAGAAACUGUCGGAAAAUGAGGCUACCUUAGAGCAACUUAAUGUGGAUCUGGAGGCUGCAAAAAUGGCUGAAUCUUAUGCUCGUAAUUUAGUAGAGGAGUGGUGGAGGAGGGUGGAGGAGUUAGAGGUGCAGAUGGAGGAAGCAAAGCACUUGGAAAGAACUGCAUCGGAAUCUCUUGAAUUAGUCAUGAAACAACUUGAAAGAAGCAAUGAUUCAUUGCAUGCUGCAGAAUCUGAAAUCUCAUCCCUUAAAGAAAAGGUGGAUUUACUGGAAAUCUCAAUUGGAAGGCAGAACGGUGAUCUUGAGGAAUCAGAAUUUCGUCUUCAACAGGCCAAGGAAGAAGUUUCUGAAAUGGCAACGAAGGUUGCAUCUCUUACUUCUGAGCUUGAAACUAUAAAGGAGGAGAAGACUCAGGCCUUAAACAACGAGAAACAUGCUUCUGACAGUUUACAGUCUCUGUUAGAAGAGAAAGAAAGACUUAUAAAUGAGUUGGGAAAUUCCAGGGAUGAAGAAGAAAAAGGCAAGAAGGCAAUGGAAAGUUUGGCAUCAGCCUUACAUGAAGUUUCUUCAGAAGCAAGGGAGGUCAGGGAAAAGCUAUUAUCUUUGGAAGUUGAGCAUGGAAACUAUGAAACUCGAAUAGAAGAUCUGAAGCUGGUUAUGAAAGCAGCAAAAGAGAAAUACGAGACCAUGCUUGAUGGUGCAAAACAAGAGAUUGAUGUUCUGACUAAUUCUGUCGAACAGUCAAAGCAUGAGUACCAGAAUAUGAAGGCUGAGUGGGAGCAGAAAGAGAUUCAUUUGAUUAACUGUGUGAAGAGAACUGAAGAAGACAACUCUUCUAAAGAAAAAGAAAUAAGCAGGUUUGUCAAUUUGCUAAAAGUGGCAGAAGAAGCAGCUUGUGCAUCAAGGGUAGAAGAAGAUCGCUUGAAAAAUUCCCUUAAGGAUGCUGCAUCGGAGGUGAUUUAUCUGAAGGAAGUCCUGGCCGAAGCAAAGGCCGAGAGCAUGACACUGAAGGAAAGUGUAAUAGAUAAAGAGAAUGAAUUGCAGAAUAUCCUUCAGGAGAAUAAGGAGCUUCGAUCUAGAGACGCUGCUUCUCUAGAGAAGGUUGACGAGUUGUCCAAGUUGCUUGAAGAAGCUUUGGCUAAGAACCAAUCAGAGGAUAAUGGUGAGCUGACGGACUGUGAGAAAGAUUAUGACGUGCUCCCGAAAGUGGUGGAAUUUUCCGAACAGAAUGGUGCAAGAGAAGUGAAGCCUAUGAUUGAGCUUCAACCUCAACAAAGUGAGCAACCUGUAAAGGAAAAGCCCCAUGAAUUAAAUAAGGACUUCAAUGACAUAUCGAUUCACGCUAAUCCAGAAGUUGAGAAUUUGAAUGUAAAACUAUCUGAAAAUGAGAACAGAGAAAAGGAAUAUGAUAAUUCUGCAGAAGGCAAUUUUAAGAUGUGGGAGAGCUGCAAGAUUGAGGAGAAAGACCUCUCUCCUGAUGGAGGACCAGAGCAUGAAUCCUUCGAGGAGGAGCUGGACUCGAAGACGGAGGGUGGCGACAACUGUGACCAGAUCAAUGGAUUAUUGUCAACAGAAAAUCAUGAAAAUGGUGGAACCUCACCUUCAAAACAGAAAAGUCAGAAGAAGAAACAUUUGCUUCGUAAAUUUGGAAGCCUUCUAAAGAAGAAGGGCGCAGGCAACCAGAAGUGA